AUGGUCCGUUUCAUUGACUUCAAGUGCGACUUGUCUGGGGAACAAAUUUACUUUGAAAAGAGCGGUUUGAAAUUGGAAAUUGGUGGGAAACUCGGAGGAGGUGCAUACGGCGACGUCUUCCGAGCUUAUCUGGUGGACAACUUACACACUGGUCUAGAGCAGCCGGCUAAGAAACGAUCGAUCGAGCCCAAAAAUAGAUCGUACAAAACAGCUUCGGCCCAUGAAUUUUGCAUUAGAAGAGUGUCCCAACUUGAUACUCGUGCCAUUAACUCGUUGGACUCUACUAGGGAAAACUUUGACUCCAAUAAAUAUACAGUGGAUAUGUGUGUUCCUUCUAACCCCCCCAAAAGGGAUGCUGAUUUCGCAAUUAAAUACUUUAAAGAUGAUUCAGUUAAGAUUCUAAAGCAAGGUCUCACCUCGGCGACAAUAAGGGAAUUAUCAAUUAUGAAGAGUUGCGAGGGUCAUCCAAAUAUUUUGAAAGUAAUCGACAUUUUUGUGGAUCCACACCCUAAUAUAUGCAAAAAACUAAACGCUCAACUUCAAACAUUUUUCUCCACCUUCCAAGACAAGGAUCUCAUUGAGAAGGAGUUUAGUUUUUACCCAUUUGCUGAAACACAACCGUUUGUUUUAGCCCUUUACGAAUAUUGCAAAGGCGGGGACCUUAGUAAACAAAUAAACAAGUGCAAUAGGCAAAUUCCGCAGCAGCAGAUGGCGCUACAGAUGUUGCAUCCAAUGCCUAAACAGAUUCUGGAAGAUUGUAUCGGUGAACCCUGUCGCGGAAUGCCCAUACAACAAGUGAAAUGGUACAGCUUUCAACUGCUAAACGGGUUGGCUUAUUUGCACAAUCUUAAGAUUGAACAUCGGGACCUGAAACCUAACAACCUGAUGCUGGAUAGCAAUGAUAAAUUUGCCGUGUUAAAGAUAGGAGAUUGGGGUCUGGGCCGAGAGAAUCGAUCUCUAGACGGUACUGUUACUCCCACUGUAUGCACUCUGUAUUAUCGUCCUAUAGAAAUCAUCUUGGGUAGUAUAAACCUGAACAAAAAUCGCAAUGAUAUCCUUAUAGAUGGGGCGCAGACUCAGAUUCACUCCUAUGGCCUAAACUCGGAUAUAUGGAGCGCUGCAUGUAUAAUAGCGGAGAUGGUAACGGGACAACCCCUUUUCCAAGGGCACUCGGAUUUUCAAGUGCUCACUCGUAUAGUCAUGGCCUUGGGUAAACCGACAGAAAAUGAAUGGAAGAAUUGUUCGCUUUCAGAACACUAUCCAUUCCGAGACGAUCUUUACAAUAUACAUGUAGAAGACAAGAUGAAUAAUCUACGCGUUGCGCUCUUUCAGCGCAUGGAUGACCUAGGCCUGGAUCUACUGCUAAAGAUGCUAGAAUAUAAUCCGCACAAACGGAUAACUGCACAGAUGGCUCUAUCCCAUCCCUGGUUUGCAGAUGUAAAUUUUAGGAAACUUGACUCUCUUGGCGUGAUAAACUGCUACAGUAAUGCAUUGAAGGCCAAGUUUGGCGUGAAAACGGUAGAGUACAUGGAGGAACGGUGCAGCGGUAUAACAACAACAACUUUACUGUCACAUGUAAUGCACAGAAAAGAUGGAGUGAGGGAUAGCGUGGUUGAUGUGAUAGAGGGAGACUUUUUAGCGGCAUAUAAAACAAUAGAAGAAGGACGGUUGCCCAUCGCAAUACAGCAAGUACAAUAA